AUGCUAGUAUCGAAGCUUCGCCAAGCGCACGAUCUCCUCACAUACCCGAUCACUUCAAUGAAUAGUCGAAUUUCCCUCGGAACUCAACAGCUUCAUCUACUCCCUUCAGUUACUCUCAACCAAGCCCAUCGCUUCCUCGCUACUUUCCUCGAAAAGUCAAAUCCUCCACCAACAUUGGCACAAGUCCAAGUUGUCGAACGUAGGGCCUUGAUGAUCUAUUUUGUGUUUGUGGCAGUUUUCGUCGCUUAUGCGAUGGAGGAAUACGAAGGUUGGAGACGAUGCUGUGUUAUAGCUUUUGUCGUUUUGUGUUGCGUCGAUGCUAUUCUUCAGAGUCCACGUCGGGCUCUUUUGUUACAAAGUCGCCAGGGUAGAGACAAGUUGAGGAAUUUGGUUGGGGCAUAA